AUGGCUUCCAGGAUGCUACUGACGGCGUUCCGUGCGAAUAAGCCAUCGAUUCUCUCCAAUGUCCAGAGAUCCGCUCACUUUUCUUCGUCGAGGCAGCUUCUGAACGCUACCGAGGCCGUCGUCCCAGGUCAAGGCCUCGGCGCCUUUCGUGGAGGGCUACUUGGAUUCUUUGCUGGCUCAACCGUUGCUGGUGCAUCCAUCUACUACUACAUCCUGGAGGAGUUCCGCAUGUCCAACGAAGCGCUGACGGGGGACAUCUACGUACGUUACUGCAUCUAA